CACGAAGGUUGCAAAACCGUUGCGUCAGUAAGUUGCGCAGUUGUGUUAGAAAGGUGAAUGAGAAGAGUCUCUUGGUUAACAGCAGUUUGAUAAAGGGAUCAUGUUGGUGGCGAGGCUGACAUGUCUGAGGAGCCUUCCGCUCGCCGGGCUCCGUCCCGUACUGACCCAGAGCACCCCGGCCCUGAGGACAUCCACCCUGAAGGCUUGUCCACCGCUGCUCAGGCCCCAGCAGGGCUACUCCACCAAGGCCAGAUUUGGUUUCCGUCGAGGGAGGACAGCCAAAGAACAACUAAAGGAAGCAGCUUUUGAGCCAAAGUUAGACACCUUCUUUAAAGUUGACCGCAUGGGCAGACUGGUAUUGGCUGGAGGUGCAGCAGUCGGCUUUGGAGCUCUGUGCUACUAUGGACUCGGCAUGUCCAAUGAAAUCGGUGCCAUUGAGAAAGCAGUGAUUUGGCCUCAGUAUGUGAAGGACAGGAUCCACUCCACAUAUAUGUACUUUGCAGGCAGUGUUGGACUGACAGCUCUGUCAGCCAUGGCAGUGAGUAGGACCCCUGCACUGAUGGGUCUGAUGAUGAGAGGAUCCUGGUUGGCUAUUGGAGCAACCUUUGCAGCCAUGAUUGGUGCCGGGAUGCUCGUCAGGUCAAUUUCAUAUGAGCACAGUCCGGUCCCUAAGCACCUCGCCUGGAUGCUUCAUGCAGGUGUGAUGGGUGCUGUCAUCGCCCCUCUCACUCUGUUGGGAGGACCUCUGAUGGUGCGGGCCGCCUGGUACACAGCAGGCAUUGUGGGUAGCCUUUCCACUGUGGCCAUGUGUGCCCCAAGCGAGAAGUUCCUCAACAUGGGGGGACCUUUGGCUAUCGGCUUUGGAGUGGUCUUUGUUUCUUCUCUUGGAACCAUGUUCAUGCCUCCCACGUCAGCGCUCGGAGCAGGUCUGUACUCAGUGGCUGUGUAUGGAGGCCUGAUCCUGUUCAGCAUGUUCCUCCUGUACGACACACAGAAAGUCAUCAAGAAAGCAGAGACCUACCCACUGUACGCCGUCCAGAAAUUCGACCCCAUCAAUGCGUGUAUGGGGAUCUACAUGGACACACUGAACAUCUUCAUGAGGCUGGUGAUGAUUCUGGCCAACGGUGGCAGCGGCAGAAGGAAAUAAACGGCAGGAUUUACCUUAAAUUUCCUUCCACAAGCAAAACAGUCAUGUUUCACUACUAGCAGCCCACACUCGGUGUUAUCUUUUAGUACAAAGUCUAAUCCAACAGGCGGGUAAACAUAAGUGCUUCGAGAGCCGCAUUUCGUAGCAAGCACGCAUUUCCUGUCAAAGCGAAGGAGGCAGAUUUUUGUACACGAAAGCACUCACAUUGAUCGAGGAGGAGGUUUGGGAUUGAUUCUGGUGUCACAGAUGGGUUCAGGUUGUCUGUUACCAUCAUUUGUCCUGCCUCAGAUUGUUCUGUAUGAUUUUGUUUUUUAAUUUAUUUUACCUAGUUUGUGGAUCUGUUUAAGAAAAAAUAUCUUAAGGAAUCUUCUGGUUUAUGCGGAACAAAAACAACAGUGAUCCUGAUUCAUAAUGUGCAGCACAAUCGGUGUCUGUUUUACUCCAUUGCAUUUCUCUUAUGGGUAAAGAAAGGAGGCAGCAGUUCAUGUUCUGGGGGAAAAUACAGUACUUUCAGCAAUAAAACAAAUAAAAAGUGA